UUCGCUCAACUUUUAUACGGUUAUAACUUUUAUGUUUUGAAUCGUAGGAUUGAACGCAAUUUUUUAGAUCAUGCGCUAUAGCGCACGUUCAUGUAUUUGGAGAUGGAAAGGUUAAUUUGUACUUUGUUAAUAUUGUGUUUAGUGCUUGUAAACAUAAGUGUUUGUUCUGGUGAAGAUGACGUGACGACGACGAGCCAGGAUUAUGUUUAUAGGCCUACAGCAACUUCAAGGAAUGGACUUAAAUGGAUUGAGUAUACACCAGCCAGUCCGUUGGAUCUGUUUAAAUUGGCUGGACACGCCAUCAGUAGACGCAGCGAGUCUGAAAUCUGGAACUGGGAUAUAUGGUGUCAGUUGCAAGCAAUACCUGGGAACUGUACUAAGCAGAUAGCUAGGUACUAUUACGACUCGCAACUGGACCAAUGUCAGACGUUCACAUAUUCUGGUUGUGGCGGGAACAAAAAUAAAUUCGACAGCAUUCUUAACUGCGAGCGACAUUGUAAAGGAGCUUCCUAUAUGAGGAUAAGAGAAGGAGAGAAAAUUGGAAACACCUGCAAGUUGCAGCCCAGCUCAGGAUUGUGUAUGGCGUUCAUUGAAAAGUACUACUUCGACCUUAAUACGCAUACCUGUAAAGAAUUCACGUACGGCGGGUGCGGCGGCAACAAGAAUAGGUUCAACACUUUGGAAGAUUGCGAGUUGCAAUGUAAACAUUCUGCAACGUCCGCGGAGCAGACAGAAACUUUUGAUGAAUAA